AUGUCGGAGUAUAAGGCACAUUAUGUAAACCCGCGUCACGCCCAACCAUCAAGGGUUCGAUUUUACCCAAAGAAUUCCGUUUUCCGAAAAUCCGACCUCAUUGACAAAGGAUGCGUCGUUUUUCUUAAUGACUGCCCAACGUUUUACAAGCACAAAAUCGUUUGCGCGCGUCAUUAUGAUGGCGAAUACAAAUCUUUUAGCAAUUAUUGUCAAAUGGAAUACGAGAACUGCAACAGCUGGAGGAAAUGGAGUAUGGUUAAGCAGGAAAGAUGCUAA